AUGAGAAGUGGCCAGGAGAAGAAGGGUCCGUCUAAGGGGAAAUGGAAACAGGACAACAGCCCCAACAACACAAUGCUGAUGCAGAAAUUUAAGAAGCUCUCUCCGGCUGCUGUGGAGGUUAUGAGAAUCUAUCGUCUGAGGCUGCAGCAAUAUUCCUUGACCCGAGGCCUGUACCUGAAACGAUACAAGAUCAACGGUGAAGUGUUCAUUAGAGACGUCCUUAUCAACCAAGGGGCAGGAUCCAAAAGCGGUAGAUCGAUAUUGAAAAUGGAAGGAGCAGCGACGCGCACUGUGAUAACGUCUACAAGCAGCAGGACGGAACAUUUUUCCACCUCUACUCUGGCUUACGACAGGCAGUUUCUUCGCACUGUUUCGGGGCUCCUCGUUUUCGCAGAAAUAGUGUUUGGUCUGCUGGUAUGGAUGCUGAUAGCAGGGACGGAGUACUUCCGUGUGUCUGCCUUUGGGUGGGUCAUGUUUGUGGCCAUCUUGUACUGGGUCCUGACGGUCAUCUUCCUCAUCAUCUACCUGACCACGGCUUACAACAGGAUCCCUCAGGUCCCCUGGACAACUGUGGGUCUGUUCUUCAACAGUAGUGCUACAGUGAUGUAUGUGGUGGUAGCAGCAGUGGACGCAGCCUCAAUCAGCCAUGCUAUUAAGGGGCGUCAUAACUACACCUGCUGGGUCGCAUCCACAUUCUUUGCCUUCCUGGUCACGCUCUGCUAUGCAGGAAGUACAUAUUUCAGUUUUAAAUCAUGGAGAUCAAGGGAUGAGGAACAAUAACCAAUCACAAAGGACAGCUAAAGUAUAUCCGUUAUGGAACACAUGAAGGAUCUUGAAAAGUACACAUGGUUAA